AUGCAUGUAACUCGAUACUCUAAGAAAGGUGAUUUGCAGUUCGAUCCGGAAAUAGAAGGGACUUUGUGCAGGUUAAGGAGGGAAGCUCGGAGUCAUUUCGAGGAGAAUGAUCCAGUCUUCGAUUCUCUACCUGUUAGCGGAUCUGCUUUGAGAGAAGAGGACAUCAUGGCCGGAAAUCGAACCCUGAAAGAGCUGGCUGCACCGGAUUUAAAUCAGCAACCCUUAUGCAUAACUUUUCCUGCUUUAGAUGCUGAUGUUAAUUUUGAAUUAAAAUCUGGAUUGAUACAUCUCUUACACAUUUUUCAUGGUCUUGUAGGUGGGGAUCCUCACAAGUACUUGAAGGAGCUGCAUGUGGUAUGCACAAGCAUGAAACCCAUGGGGGUAACUGAAGAGCAAAUCAAAUUGAGAGCCUUCCCGUUUUCUCUGAAGGAUUCGACUAAGGAUUGGCUCUAUUAUCUACCCUCCGGGAGUGUUACAACAUGGAACGAGAUGAAGAGGCUCUUCCUAGAAAAGUACUUCCCAGCUUCAAGGGUGGCCAAUAUCAGAAAAGAAAUCUGCGGUAACAUGCAAAUGGUGAAGGCUUGUGGGAUAUGUUCAACAGUGGGGCAUCCAACUAAUAUGUGCCCAACUCUUCAAGAAGAGCCUGUUGAGCAAGAGACGAAACAAUUUCAGCAAGAGACACGGGCCAGUAUCCAACGUUUGGACAAUCAGAUGGGCCAAAUGGCGACGACAAUUAGUCAGUUAGAGGCACAAAGUUCGGGGAAAUUACCCUUUCAAACGGUUGUGAAACCAAAAGAAAAUGUAAGUGCCGUCGUUUUGAGAAGUGGUAAAGAGUUUGAGACUCCAGCAAGAGCUGCCCCCGCAGUGUCGAAUCAAGGAAAGGAGAAAGACAUCAUUCCCGAUGAUGAUGAAGUACCUAAGCGUAAGUUUCCUCCCCUUUCUGUUUAUAAACCAGUACCUCCUUUUCCUAAUGCUUUAGUAGGAACGAGAAAAGAUGAGCAGUUCAAAGAAUUUUAUAAAACUUUCCGUAGAUGCGAGGCAAAUACCCCCCUUUUUAAUGCUCUUAAACAAGUACCUCAUUAUGCUAAAUUCCUGAAAGAGUUGUGUACACAUAUGAGGAAACAUAAACUAAAAGGAUGCGAAAAGGUGAGAGUAGGGAAGAAUGUUUCUGCGGUCAUUAAAAAACUCCCUACAAAGUGCAAAGAUCCAAAUAUGUUCACUAUCGCCUACAUGAUAGGUAACACUAGAAUUAAGAAGGCCAUGUUAGACUUAGGAGCUUCUAUUAAUGUCAUGCCAUAUUCUAUAUAUGCUUCUUUGAAACUUGGUCAUUUAAAUAAAACUAGUGUAGUGAUUCAAUUGGCUGAUAGAUCUAAUGCCUAUCCUAAGGGUAUAGUUGAGGAUGUUCUUGUGAAAGAAGCUUUUAAACUUAAUGCGAAGGAUGGGUUGGAGAUUGCCAUCAGUAAGCAUCUUGAGAAAGAGGGGCCAAUGUUGAAUGCUGAUUUGCAAGAAACGAUUGCAACAUUGAAUGGUUUUCCAGAGUUAUAA